AUGAUCUCCCCAUUCUGUGCCAUGGUUCCCGUCUGUUUCCUUCUUGCCAUUUUGCCUCUUUCCCUGGCCGCCUCAAAUCAAUUGGGAUGCAGUCUUAACUUUGGCGAUGAUUUCCGCUACACUGCUGUCAACAAUUUGAACAUCUAUCGGCAAAUUGUGGCCAAUGGAACGGCUCCGAAUAAAUGUGGAAGCCUGCCUGCCGCUAAGAAUAUGUACAAGCUUUUCUACAACUGCGAUCUCGAGUCUAAAGCCUAUGCGUACACGUCAAGCUGUGGGUCGUCGUCAGUUCCAUCGAACUCCAUGAACUACAUGACAAUGUCCUCAGCUCCAUGGACAGGAACAGCCGCCUCGAAUAUUCUCACCAUUUUCCAGACUCAUCUCAACGCAAUUGUCACGAAUGGAGCCCCGGCAAAUGUCGCCUUCAGCGGUAACUCGGCUCUCAGCGGAUGGAAUAGCUAUGUAACGGGCACAAAAACGGCUGUCGGAUGUGCUGUCAACCCAUCGUGCACAUAUUCAAAUCCAUCUUUCCCCUACAUGAUGGUGGUCGCCUGUGUUUUCGAUACACCAGCCGCCAGCACGGGUAAUCCAUCCUAUGAAGUGGGCACAAAAUGCGCGGCUGAUUCGGAUUGUACAACCUAUAUGGGAAGCACUUGUGACACGACGACCGGUCUCUGUCAAUAUCAAUUCGUCGACAGUGGCGCAAAUACAUUGUGCCCUGGAUCGACGGCUGGAUGGACGGAUGCACAAAGAAAUCUGAUGCUCCAAUGGCACAACCAGUUGCGAUCGAGCCUUGCACAGGGAAAAGAAAAAGAUGGUGGCUCCUAUGCUAGCACCUAUGCACCUGGAUCAAAGACAAUGACGCAAAUGGCCUACAACUGUUCGGUGGAAAUCAACGCUGUCAAUAACGCGAACGGAUGCGAUUUCGCGCACACAACAUCCGCGCAAAGACCAGGAAUGGGCGAGAAUCUGUACAUGUCAUCUGAUGUGAAUCAACCCGAAGCCACUGCUGCAGCUGCUGCUCCCCAAGCGUGGUGGUCUGAGUUGCCGGAUUACGGUUUUGGUCCGGAUCUCAACCUGACUAGUGCUCAAUUCAAUCGUAUAGCUCCCGCCCAAAUUGGACACUAUACACAGAUGGCUUGGCAGGAGACGACAACGGUCGGCUGUGCAAUCAAGCACUGUCCAACAGGCACGAUGAACGGAGUGGUGACGCCAAUGACUUAUGUCGUUUGUCAAUACUAUCCAGCUGGCAACUACCUCAAUCAAAAUAUCUACGUGAAAAGCACACAAUUGGGAUGUGCAACGAAUGCCGACUGUGGAGCAGGAAGAACGUGCAACACAGUGAACAAACUUUGUGUUGUU